GGAAAACAAAAGGAAAACGUGUUGCGAUGGGUCGUUUCGAUGUUUCCCCGAUGCACUGUUUAUGGGGAUGAAUGAGCUCUGUUUUCCAAAUAAUGCCUGAACGUGUAAACGUUAAAGAACAAAAAGGAACACAAAAGACGACUGAAGCUUCUGAAACGUCGGAUAAAUGCAUUACAGCCGCGGAAGAUUGUGAAUUAACAAAUGGCCUUAAGCUCAUACCCGACGAGAAACCUCCACUGUGGCAGAAGCCCGCGGAGUUUGGACCUAACCUCAAAAUUAUCAAAAUGAAUGACCAGGUCCGUGAGUUACAGACUAUUCUCAGAGACAGGUAGGUUCUUCUGUCAUUUUUUUCCCCUAAAGCCUGUACUCUGUAAUUGCACAGUGGUACUAUGCGAUCUUACCGGACGUUUCGUACCCACGGACGUUUCGUACCCAGACGAUUCGUACCCAAAGUUGAGAUGAUUCGUACCCAACGCUAAGAUGAUUCGUACCCAAAGCUGAGAUGCUUCGUACCCAAAGCUAAAUGAUUCAUACCCAUGCAAUAACCAAGUCUUCAUGUUGUAAACAGUGUGUUUUCAUAGUUUAAGUUAAGGCUUUCACUAAUCUGAAGUCUCACCUCCUCUAGUAUCGGCGCCGCUCACGCGUCACGAGUCUACACAAAGAAAGUGUGCGGUGAUUAAUUUGAUCUAACUCGCGUGAGAGCGAACGAGUUAACAAAAUGGAUCGCGUGAAAGCGCAUGAACUAACAAAAGUUUAUGAUUCGACAAGUUCAAACAUCGACAUAUAAAUUGACAUAAAUUGGACCCAUCCGUGAAAAGUGGGAACAAGCUCAUUUCGUGUAAGUACCAUUUCCUUUUGAGUUGUAUGUUAAUGAAGAGUCUCACCUCCUUUAGUAUCUGCGCCGCUCACGCGUCACGAGUCUACGCAAAUAAAAGUGAGCGGUGGUUAUAAUUUGAUCUAACUCGCGCGUAGGUAACGAGUCGUUCUGAUUUAUAUAAAUGUUUAUUUUAGAUUGUUUUGAGAGAGAUAUGAUUAAAGAUGUGUUCCUAUCAAAACGGCAGUUGGGUACGAAUCAUCUUAGCGUUGGGUACGAAUCAUCUCAACUUUGGGUACGAAUCGUCUGGGUACGAAACGUCCAUGGGUACGAAACGUCCGGAUUCCCCACCGCUUAUGGUGGUGUAGAGGGCCCAAUCUAUCAGAGAGGAAAAGGGAUUCAAGAAAUUCUGCUAUAUUUAUACGCUGAGGCUAUAUGGCCGGUAACCGGUCAAGGUUUUCAAAACACUAAAUGACCGGCAGCCCGGUAUUUUCAAUAAAUUUGACUUAUCUAAGAAUCCCAACCAACCGAAACUAUCAUAUGUCGAUUAAGAAAAGUCAAGCGAUCCUGAAAUGCGUUAUAGAUCUCAAGUCUAGGGUUUGGUUUACGCUGGGCUCAGAAAAGUAGGUAGUCGUAGUGACGUCAUUGAUUUUGCUUGAUGUCAAGUUCCAAGGAGCACAACUUCCACUAUUCUAUUUACAAAUUACUGUUGGUGAAUCGUGACCGAUUUCUCAUGCAAACGACAUAACUCUACUUAGCAAAAAAAAAAACUUUCACCUCACAGUGGAAUUUUUAUCCCCCUCCCCACAUCUCUGAAUUACUAUCUUCAGUUACUGUAAUCUAAAAAGGAAGAAUGGCAUUCUAUUCUAACAUGUGCACCAUGUCUAUUAGUACUGUUUAUCUGAGACAGAAGUAACAGAGAGGUAAUCAUAAAUGGCUUGUAUUUGGUUCAUGUAGGUACUACAUUUAAAUGAAAUGACAGGGCUAUGUCAAAACAGUCUGUCGUUUUUGGUUGGAAUUUUUUUUUAAAAUUCCUUGCAUGUGCAAGAUGAUUACCCUUCAAACAUAAGAAAAUUUUUAAGAAUGAUUGUUAGCUAUAAAUGGAGUGACACCAUAGCAUAUGUAUGCUUUACCUACCAAGAAGUAAAACUACCUGUAUUCAACCACAUUAAUUUUCUUGUGUCAGUUAAGAUGUAAAACACCCUAAAAGGCUUUUCUGGUAUAGUUUUCAUAUGUUUUAACCUCUUUCCUCUGCCUGAUCACAGAUCCAUGCCAUCUGCACAUACAUACAGCUAUAUGUGACCGUGUAUUUAAACUUUAAACCAAGGAUAAAAUUGAACCACAACAUAAUAUAUACAUAUCUGUUUUUUUCUUCAUUAUCAUUAUAAUGGCAGGGAAACACAGAGGGGAGACUUUGUCUUCUAUGCUGACAGACUAGUGAGUAGUAUUACAUGUAAUUUCAUUCUUGACCGGUCUAUUAUACAUUGUACCUGGAGCUCAGCGUCCCUGUUAUAAACUUGUUACUCUUGUUACAUGUAUGUGUGUAAGGAUGCAUGAAGUAAUAAUUAUAACAACAACGCAUUGUUUUUGGAUCGAAGUUUUUUAAGUUUGUGUUAAUGCUUUUCCCACUUUUUACACUAUGCACCUGUAUACAGCAUUUCUGAAGCACAUUUGUGUAUUCCUUAAUAAUUAUUAAGGGGAAUAAUUCAUUAAUUGGUUUCUCUUUCAGAUACGACUAGUAGUUGAAGAAGGCCUGAAUCAACUUCCUUAUGAAACCUGUACUGUGACGACACCAACCGGUUAGCUACAAAUACUGUUUUUAGUAGUAAAGCAUUCAACAGCAAAAUUGUGCGGUGUGAUAAGGGUGCCAUCUUUAGAGCCCUCAUUGGCUAUGGAAGUGGGGCAGAAAGAAAGCAUUCGUGGUUUUAUUAGUUGUGUUGAAAGGAAUUAAUGUUCACCAUAAAAAUGAGUCAGUUGCUAUGCAGAUGUAUUAUUAAUAGUGCUUGUAGUUAUAACAGGCCUUCUGAUAGGGUGCGAAAAAAAAUCAGAAAUUAUGCGGCCUUUUCAGGGCAGAUUGUGUGAUAAGUUAUGCAUUUUUUCAGGGCUAAUUAACAUUGUUUUACCAGGUUUCAAUGGAGAAAAGUCACUUUAAUAUUGUUUACCAGGCAAUUUGAAUGUAAAAGAAUAAUAAAACAUCUAUUUUAAAACAAAUUAAUAGUUAAAUUUGUCCAAUAUCUUGAGCCACAAAAAUUGUGGAAUAAUUGGUAAUUAAAUUGUUUCUCUAGCCUUUAAGAAAUACAGUGUAUCUCCAUUUGGGGGACACUGUUUCCCAAGCCGGCAAGCUCCAUGUCCACAAGAGUUAUAGUAUUGAUUAUUAAAUCUACGAGUUUUAAGAAAUGAAGGGUUAAGACGGUGGGAGUCUGCUGAACACUCUACACAACCAUUCAUUCAUUUUUUUUUUUCUUCUUUUCAUAGGAGCUUUGUACGAAGGAUUAGCUUUUCAACGAGGAAACUGUGGUGUAAGCAUUAUGAGAAGUGGUAAGCAUUUCUUAAUGCUUUUACAGUUCAUUAACAUGUGGACCUGUAUUUUAAACAGUUGUUACAUUUGAUUCCAUUGAAGUUUUAUGUGCAUCCUCUUCCGGAAAGUCAAUGGAAAUUUUAUGGGGUUGGGGACAGGGGCCAAAUAAUUUUGUCAGAGGACUGUGAGCAUAGCUUUUUACAAUAAUAAUUAUGAUGUAUCAUACACUGUAAUACAGUACAUGUAAGGUGUCUUUAUUAUUCUUCAGGUGAAGCUAUGGAAAAAGGAUUGCGGGAUUGCUGUCGUUCAAUAAGAAUAGGAAAGAUUCUUAUAAAAGUCAAUGAGGAGACCAAGAUGCCUACGGUAAAUAAUGAGUCUUGGUUCGAGUGAUAUUAAACUCCAUUUUUCAUGUUACAGCCUCAGUGGUAUAUAUGACAAAUUCAUACUUAUUGUUAGCCUGAGAAAACAGCCAACAUUUGGCGAUGCUACCACUGGUUUCCCUGCCAAAUCACGUCUGAGAAACAAGCACAGAAAUUCCAUACUGAUGACAUGUCAUCAUUUAUUUAAAUGAUUCAACCAAUCAGAAGCACUACCCAGAUCUGGGUAGUGAUGCAUCAUCGGUAUGGGAAUUUCUGCACUCGUUUCUCAGACAUCAUUUGGUGGGGAAACCAGUGGUGGCAUUGCCAAAUGUCAGCUGUUUUCUCAGGCUAAUUAAUUGUGAAAAAUUAAUUCUUCAUUUUUUCCAUACCAUCAUAUUUUAUUUCUUCUUGCAUCAUGAGAUCUUUAUACUCAAGUUUUCCUGUCCCAUAGGAAUUUUGAAUAAAUAGGUAUCUCUGCCUUAUUUGCAUAUACUAAAAUUAAUUAUGUUAUUUUUUUUGCAAGGUUUACUAUGCAAAGUUUCCUCCUGGUAUGGAACAGAGAAGAGUUCUCCUCAUGUACCCUUUAUUAAGUAAGCUCUGGUUGAAUUUGCACUAUAUUUUUUUUAGCAUACGUUUUCAUGAACUGUACCAAGGGUCGCCAACAGGUUUUUUGGGAUCCAGGAUUUGGCCUUUUUAGAGCCCAAGAUUCAGGCUUUUAAACAGAUAUGGGAGCGGGAUUUAGGAUCACAUUUAUGGACGGGAUGCGGGAUUUAGCCUUCUUAUGAAGCGGGAUCUACACGAAACCUGUGGUUCCAGAAUUUUCAAUACUGGUGAUACAGACAUCUGUCAGGAAGAGAUCUGCAUAAUAUUAUGAGCACAAUUUAAAAUAGCCUUGGUUUUAGCACUGCAAUUAUUGUCUCUACCAUAAAGAUAUGAUCUAAUUUCAUAUUUGGUCUGCAGCAGAUUCUGGGGCUACAGUGAUAACAGCCAUAAAGGUUCUACUUGAGCAUGGAGUAAAGGAAAAGAAUAUACUCCUUUUAAAUGUUUUUUCAACUCCCAAAGGUAAGUAAUGACCUUAUCAAAUGACCACACAAGGAUAAAAAUCAGACACUUAAUGAUACCCAGCAACUCAUUCAAUCAGCAGCCUUCUGCUUGUUUGUCAGCCCCUUGAUGAUUCUUAUCAUUUGCGGUGAAAAAAUUAAACAAGUUAAGCUGAGUUGUUUUUUCCUGGGUGAAGAAAUACGUAGAUGUAAUAAUUAUGUGAAAGAAAAUGUAAUUAAUUUUAGACACUUUGUAAGUAACUUAGUGGAUGCACAUUCACCUGCCACAUUGCACAUUCAUACUGUGUGGCACGAAGAUUUUGCAGGAGUCUAUUUUUGCGGAUUGGCAUCUUUUUGUGUUUUGCGGGAACUGAUUUUUGCAGUUAGGACAGAUUGGUUUUUCUUGCUGGGAAUUAAUUUUUGUGAUUUUCAGAAAGUACCCAGUUCCCAGCAUUAAUAACAGUUUCGUUUUUAUUGAGUACAUGCAAUAGAAAUACAUAAUUAUUUUCAAGCAAUAAACCAGUAUUUCGUCGUUUCUGAAUGAAAGAGACAAGUUGUGAUUGAACAGGCACAAUUUCUUAGUACAGUAUAUUUUAGGCUCGAUUUCCGCCGUCUCCUGGGUCCGGUCUUUGAUCCUCCCCGAAGAGAGACGGCUGGACGCGUGACCCGUUGACUUUGUCUGUGACGUAAUUGGAAAAUUGAUAACUUAGGCGUCUCCGAUGUCACUGGAAGUGAAACCGGUCUCCAAUUUUCUCAUUUAUUUGGCUCAAAAUUGCAUCAAGCGCUCCCUUACCCACCCAAAUGACUUUCGAAAUAGCUUUUUCGCUACAUUUCCAUACACUGCGAAAAAUAUUCUUCGGUACAUUUCUGUACACGGCGACAUAUAGUUAAUUUUCUUUGAUCUUCGAAUAUUGGUUGUGUCUUCUGUGGGUCCGAACUAACUGAUUCUCGGUAGCGGACCAAAUUAAAUGGAAAAGUUUCUGAUUUACCAGACAGAAUUUCCAGCGUAUUGAAUGUUUCUCUGUCAAAUAUAAACGUGGACGGUUACAUCUGUAACGAACGCAGUUAUCGAGAUCUAAAGCGCCUUGAAAAGAUCCUUGAAGAUGCAAAAUCUCUCCAACAACAAUCAUUAAAAGCAAAGUUCACAACAAAGAAUCGAACAAAACGUUUUGUUCCUUCCGACUCUAGAAUUUCGCCUAGUGUCUCCGGGCCGUCGAAAUCGCUUUGCCAUGCGAUGGAUCAAGGGAGGACUUUCUAAUUUCUGCGACAAUCUUUGCCAGACAAAAAUCUGCAGGCGGUAACAUGAUUGGCUUAAACCAACAAAGGAAAUCGCACGCGUCCAGCCGCUCUUUCUGGGGAUGAGUGCGGGCUCAUUUUCCCGAACAGCGGCUGGUAAUCGAGCCUAAGUAUAUUUGUGUAGCAAAUUUAAGUUAGAGAAUAUUUACUCUGGAGUAAAUUUUUGCAGGAAAAAUGUGUGUGGUAAUUUUUAUUUGCGAAUUUAUAUUAAUUAUUUAUAUUAAUUUAAAUUCAUUUAUUAUCAUUACUUUCUUGACAAGGUGUCGAGCUGUUGCUGAAGAAUUUUCCAUCUGUCACCAUAUUAACAUCAGAGGUUCACUCAGAUUGCCCUUCAUCUUUUGGACAGAGAUAUUUUGGAACAGAUUAACUUUCAAGAAAACAUAUUCUUGUCCUAAUGAAUAAAAUAAUUAUUAUUGUUAGUUAAAGCAGGUUUCGGGAGAUAUGCAUAACCAUCCAUGAAAUGCCUUAUCCAUAAUGCCUGAAGCAUAAAAAUUGAAUUCAUUCUAUGGUCUUUUUUGGCAUCCACUGUGGACACUUCAUGCCAAGGUCUCUGAAUAUUUUAAAUUGAAAUUGAAAAUUCCGAUUCCACUUUGAUCUCUUUUGAUUACCGGUAGGUGCUUGUGCACACUAAGGUUAAUAUCAUUGUAUUUAAGCCAGAUUCAUUCUGUUUUACUUAAAAUUACAAUUAAUGUGCAAAAUGGAAAAAGGGAAUACUAUUCCUUAUUCACCUGUAAGAUAGCCUGCGUUGUAGCCGGACUCUCACUCGAAACCUAGAUAGAGAACUCGAUAGUAAAUAUCAGAGAUUUAGACUGCCUGAAAGGGGUACCUUUUCAGGCUUCAGGUAUGGGUAUUUUACUUGUCGAGUUUUGUAAAAUACUUUUUGUUAAUUAAGGCCUACAUAUUUUAAGUUGACUGCAAAUAAUUAUAACAACAAGUUAGGGUAGAAAUAAACAACUGUAAACCACUAAUUUCAAUGAUGUCACAAGUUUAGACUCCUGACCAAAAAAUUCCUGGAUUCACCCUUCUGGUGUUAACAGGGAAAUCAGUUGUUUCAAUACAAGUUGUUUUGAUACGAACUCAAACAGUGAAAUUGCACACAAAUUUAGUUCACCCCAAUUAUAGUUUCUGUGUGAACAAGGAAAACAUUUUGGGUGAAUGUUCUUUGUUCUUUACGCCAAAGAUGUGAAAACUAUAAAUUUAAACCUCGACUGUAUAAACUUGUAUCGAAACGACUUCGUAUCAAAAGGACUGGGAAACCGUUUACAAAUGUUUUUUAACAUGCCAGUGUAAUUAAGACAUUAAGCAUGUUCGUAAGACAUUAAAGGAAGAUGCCAAAUGUGCUGAACUAGUAGUAUAAAGCUGCUGUUUAACCACAUUCUUACAAGUUAGGCCUACUACAAAAAGACCAUGUAAGUUAAUAACUACAGUCAGUUUGAAGGUACAAAGUAUAAACAGGUGAAGACCUGUCAUUUUAUUAAUUGACAAAAUGGAAAAAAAUUGACCAAUAGCCUUAAAAUUAUUAAGGUUAUAUCUCUAGAAACAACAAUCUUUCCUUAUACAUGGUGCCCUAUAAGGAUUCAGUAAAGUAUUUUGAAAAUGAAAAAGACAAACAAUUAUUAGCUAUCUUAAUGGCCAAGCAGAUGGCUCUUCUUAAGACUACCUUGAGAAAAACUCUGUUUUAAAAACUCUCCCCUAACUUAGAAAACCAACAAUUCUCCUUUUAAAUAGCCUCCCACACAGACAUUCUUUUGGCGUGUCUUGCAAGUGCA